AAAACAGCUGAGCAAAGACCAAACAACAGCCAUCUAUCAGACUUUAGCUACUUAUAGAAGUAUACAGUCUGAUCAUUGACCCGUAGCUUGACAUGGCACUUGAGGAAUAUUCACAAAGAAGCUAACUAAUACAGUUAAUGCGACGACAAAACAACGUAUUUGCAGCUUGGAAGAAACCAGGAAGAUGUUUGAGAAUUUCAAAGAGAGGUUGCAGACGGUGCAGCAAGAUUUCACAACGGGGAUAAAGACUCUGAGUGAUAAAUCAAAAGAGGCUAAAGUAAAGCAGAAACAGAGACAUGGACAUCUGACACAGUUUUCUGCUGGAGUAGAACUGCUCAGUCGGUACGAAGACACCUGGGUGACUCUCCACAGAAAAGCUAAAGAUUGUGCGAAAGCUGGAGAGACAGUGGAUGGAGAGGUGGUGAUGCUGUCUGCACACUGGGAGAAGAGAAGAGCAGCAGUGGUGGAACUACAAGAACAACUACAGCAGAUCCCAGGCUUCCUCACAGACCUGGAGACAUGCACCAAUCGCAUCGCCCACCUGGAGGCGGACUUUGAGGAGCUGGAGAGCCGGCUGAUGUACCUGGACAACCUGUGUGGUCAGUGUGAGCAGCAGCGCUUCAGACACUUCCAGGUCCUGCAGCUGGAGAACUACAAGAAGAAAAAGAGGAAAGAGCUGGAGUCUCUCAAAGCCGAGCUGGACUCUGAGCACGCCCAGAAGGUGCUGGACAUGGAACACGCCCAGCAGGGGAAGCUGAAGGAGAGGCAGAAGUACUUUGAAGAAGCUUUCCAACAGGACAUGGAUCAGUACCUCUCUACUGGCUACCUGCAGAUCACCGACAGAAGAGGGCCAAUAGGUAGCAUGUCUUCCAUGGAGGUGAACGUUGACGUUCUGGAACAGAUGGACUUGAUGGACGUGUCGGACCACGAAGCCCUCGACGUCUUUCUCAACUCUGGAGGAGAAGACAACAGCCUGAGCUCCUCACUCACCUCAGGUCCAGACCCUGAGUCGUUGUCCUCUGAGAUCUCCCUGCGGGUGCCCACCCUGGCGGAACUGAGGAACAAGCCGUCUUCCUUCUCCUCCACGGAGCCAGGCUCAGCCAGCCAGGACACCAGCCAGGACACCAGCCUGGGGGAGUGCCAGGAGGGGGAGGGCAGCGAGGCCAGCGGAGACGGAGACCAGCCUCUGGUACUGCCAGACGAGGAGGAAGUGCAGGCUGACACAGCCCUGGUGUCGUUGCCCGAGGUGGAAAAGUUCAAGAACUCUGACGACAGCGACUCGCAGGCCUCUUAGGAGCCGUCACAGAGCUGCCGCUUGGCUGAGAACGGCACUAGGGGGUAUAGGGUAGCUCCUAGACGCUGAUCUGGGGGACCGUUUUGCAUUUUUCCCCGUUUUUUUAUAAAUGAAAUGUAGCUUCCUUCCUUGUAUCCAAUUAUAUCUAAGUAAAUAAUAAUAAAGUUGUUUAAAAUGUU